GAACGUGGUUUUGGUUGACACUGUAAAAAGUCUGCAGUUGUGCUCAAUGACGUGAUCCGUUACCUCAGGGUCUCAGGCUUAUUUGUGAACUUUUGUUGGAACAUUAUGUUUAAAAUCAAGAGAAAUGAAAUUCCAACAAAUUCUUACUUCCUUUACACACUUCAUCAUGGCGCAUAUAUUAAAGACGCUCAACAGCUGGUUCUGGUGGGAGAAUAUUUGGAUGCCAAUCAAUUGCACAUGGGCAGAUUUUGUAGACCGUGAUGGCCUCGUCUUUCCAAAGCCACAACAGUUGUAUGCCACAAUACCAUAUGCUUUUGUAUUGCUGAUUAUCCGGUUCUUCACUGAAAGAUACAUUGCUAUUCCUCUAGCAAAAGCCUUAGGUAUAAAGAAUGUGAGACGUGUGAAGCCGCAGCCUAAUCCUGUUUUAGAGAGUUAUUUCCGGGAGUGCUCAAGACAUCCAUCUCAAUCAGAGAUUCAAGGCCUUGCCAAAAAGUGCAACUGCACAGUCCAUCUGGUGGAAAAGUGGUUUAGGAGACGGCGAAACCUUGAGAUCCCAACGGUGCUUCGGAAAUUCCAGGAAGCUUUCUGGAGAUUUUCAUUCUAUUUUGCAUCCUCCAUUGCUGGAUUUAUAUUUCUGUAUGAUAAGCCUUGGUUGUACGACAUAUGGCAGACGUGGGUUGGCUAUCCAUUUCAGACUAUGCUGCCAUCUCAAUACUGGUACUACAUGGCUGAGAUUAGUUUCUACUGGUCUCUCUUAUUUACACUUGGGAUUGAUACCAAAAGGAAGGAUUUUUUGGCUCACGUCGUUCAUCACUUUGCAGCCAUUGGGUUGAUGAGUUGCUCUUGGUGUGGCAAUUACUUGCGUAUUGGAACACUGGUGAUGUUUGUGCAUGAUACUGCAGAUUUCUGGCUUGAGGCAGCCAAAAUGUUUAAUUAUGCUCGCUGGGAGAAAACCUGCAAUAUGCUUUUUUUCAUCUUUUCUAUCGCAUUCUUCAUCACAAGAAUCAUCCUGUUCCCCUUCUGGAUUCUGCGUGCCACGUUGUAUCAACCUACAUUCUACUCCACCACUCCAGUCAUAGCAUAUUUCUUAUUCAAUGGGCUGCUAUUGACCCUUCAAGGCUUACAUUUAUAUUGGGGUUACUUGAUCUUCAAGAUUUUGAAAAGGUUCAUUUUCUUAAAGGACUUGAAAGAUGACCGGAGUGAUGAAGAGGAAGAAGAUUCUGUAACGGAUAAUGAAGAGGAGUCCACAAAGAACGGCAAUAAGAAUGGCUGUGGCUCAGGCAAACAUCUCCUUACCAGCAGUCACCACUAGCCCCCUCGUGCCUCACCUCCUGCAGCGAUUGCUACUCUGUUUUUAACCCAACUUAUGGGAUAAAACCUAAGUCAACACGCUUAGGAGACACUGAUUGAUUUAUUGUUGGCUACUGGACCUGGAAAAAAGCCCAGUAAACGGGGAGGGGAAAAUUGCAUAAGAUGACAAAAUGUGUUAAUGACCCACUUUCUGAAUCAUUGCUUAGCAUUUGGAAAGGUGCUUGGACACAGACUGCUCCACUCUCACAGUGCUCUACGAGGUGGAAGUGUCAGAUCGUUUAGUGUCCCAUUGAUUUUAACUGUUUUUCAGUCUGAUCGUCAAUUUCAUCAAGCAGUUUCAUUCAUAGGUGCUUCAUGGGAGGUACCUAGUGUGAACUGCAUCAGGAGACAGAGUUACUCGAUGCGGGGAAAAAUGACAGCGGUGUAGGUUGGCUAACAUUGUAUCUUUACUUUUCAGUUUAAAAUCUCAUUAACAUGGCUAUUUUUUACGAGUUUGAUCUUGUUUUGUUCUUGAUGGAAGCUAAUGUGGAGGAAUUCAAGCAAUUUGCUUCCAGAGAUUUUGCUUUACUGUAGAAGCGUGGUUUAUCUCUAGAGCCUGCUGUAUGUAGUUCAAAUACUGUAUGAAGAGAUGUUUUGAAACGUACCAGUGAAGAAAAUCACACAGCAGUUCUCCCCCGAGCUCCAGGUUUCAUAAAUGUCUUUCAUCACAGCCAUCCUGAAUGUUAGAACAGAAGGUGCAGUGAAUGAAAAUUGGUUCUUCUCACA